AUGGCUCCGACAUCGACUAAGUUACGUCCGUUGGUUAAAGGAAAAAUUCUUAAAAAACGUACAAAAAAAUUUAUUCGUCAUCAAAGUGAUCGUUAUGUCCGUCUACGUCCAAACUGGCGUAAACCACGUGGUAUUGACAAUCGUGUUCGUCGACGUUUUAAGGGUGUUUAUUUAAUGCCAUCAAUUGGGUACGGUUCUGAUAAACGCACACGUCAUAUGCGUCCAGAUGGUUUCCGUGCAUUUCUUGUUAACAAUGUUAAGGAAUUAGAAAUGUUAUUAAUGCAGAAUCGUAAAUUUGCUGCUGAAAUAGCUCAUUCAGUAUCUGCACCAAAUCGUAAGAAAAUUAUUGAACGUGCACAACAAUUAGCUAUUAAGUCACGUACUGACACAGUGGAUCUGACUGAUAAUGAUAUUCGAAUUGAUAUUUCGGAUGCACUUAGUGAAAAGGACAAAGUUAAAUUUACUGUUCAUACAAAAACUACAUCAUCAAUGUUUCAAGAAUCGGAAUUUAGUGUCACACGUUUACAUGAAGAAUUCAUAUGGUUACAUGACCGGUGUAAUGAGAAUGAAGAAUAUGCGGGCUUGAUUAUUCCACCAGCACCACCACGACCAGAUUUUGAUUCAUCUCGUUCUAAAUUACAAAAAUUAAGUGAUAGUGAAGCUUCUUUAACAAGGGAAGAAUAUGAAAAAAUGAAACAAGAACUGGAAGCUGAAUAUUUGGCUAUGUUUAAAAAAACUGUUUCCAUGCAUGAAGUAUUUCUUCAACGUCUUGCUGCACAUCCAGUUUUACGUAAUGAUAAUAAUUUUCGUAUAUUUCUUGAAUAUAAAGAUGAUUUAAGUGUCCGUGGUAAAAAUACCAAAGAACAAAUCAGUGGCUUCUUUAAAACAUUAACAAAAACAGCUGAUGAAGUAUUCCUAGCUAACCAAAAGGAAAGUGAUGAAUUUUUCGAACGCCAAAAACAAUUUCUUUUAACAUAUAAUACCAAAAUAAAAGAUACAACAACAGCUGCUGAUAAAGUAACACGAACACAGAAGAGUAAACAAAUUCUUUUAACAUAUUUUCAUCUCAAUCGAUUAUAUCUAGGUAUUACUGAUACAUAUAUUAAAUUAUCAAGUCAUUUAAAUACUUUAUCAAUAUCGGAUACAAAUGAUUUAUUAAAAUACUUUAUUUUAAUGGCAGAUUUUUUUGAAAAAUCUCGAAAAUCUGAAAUACGUAUACAAGCUGAUAUUGAUCUUAAAUUAACAGAUACAUUAAAAUAUUAUACGCGUGAUACAAAAGCUGCACUUGAUUUAAUGUAUCGUCGUUCGCGUUGUUUAGCUGAUUUUGAGACAGCUAAUAAAAAUUUAGAUCGUGCACGACAAAAAAAUAAAGAUAUACAACAAACAGAAACAAUUCAACAAAAUAUAAAGAUAAAAUUUGAAUCUAUUUCAGAAAAAGCAAAAGAUGAAUUGAAUGAUUUUAAAAAUCGACGAGUACAAAUGUUUCGUAAAAAUUUAAUUGAAUUAACUGAACUUCAAAUAAAACAUACCAAAUCUCAAAUCCAAGCUAUCAAAAGUGUUAUACAACAAUUUGAAGCACUCUCAUCAUAA